UACAAAUCGCAGGUUCCCUCCACUCUGCUUCGCACAGACUUCAGUGACUCCGCAACAGUGCCAGCAACUUCACCUCUGCCUCAGUGCAAAGCUGACCUCAAGAGCACAAAACAUGGCUGUCGUUAGUGGAACUUAUCGCAUGGUGUCGGAGGAGGAGCAGGCUCUCCGAGCAAAGCUGGAACGUCUCACUGUCAAGGACCACGGGCCAGUGUUUGGACCCUGUGCCAGUCUGCCAGACCACACCGCGCAGAAGGCCAAGGAUGAGCUGAAUGAGACGGAUGAGAAGCGGGUGGCUGCGGUGAAGGAACUGAGAGGAAUAAUAAAGGAAAAGGCAGAUGCUGGUGAUGAUUUGGCCAAAGGGGUGCAGGACACCUUUGGGGAGAAACCAGACAGUUUGCUGGUUCGCUUCAUCCGUGCCAGGAAGUACGACGUGCCCAGAGCCUUUGAGCUGAUGAAAGGCUAUGUGCGUUUCAGGAAGGAUUACCCCGAGCUGUUUGAGAAUCUGACUCCAGAGGCCGUGCGCAGCACCAUCGAGGCCGGCUACCCCGGCAUCCUGCAGAGCAGAGACAAGUAUGGCCGCGUGGUUCUGCUCUUCAACAUCGAGAACUGGGAUUACGAGGAGAUCACGUUUGAUGAGAUCCUGCGUGCCUACUGUGUGAUCCUGGAGAAGCUGCUGGAGAAUGAAGAGACUCAGAUCAAUGGGUUCUGCAUCAUUGAAAACUUUAAGGGCUUCACCAUGCAGCAGGCGUCAGGAAUCAAACCCACUGAGCUCAAAAAGAUGGUGGACAUGUUGCAGGAUUCAUUCCCUGCUCGUUUCAAAGCUGUGCACUUCAUCCACCAGCCCUGGUAUUUCACCACCACUUACAACGUGGUCAAACCUCUCAUGAAGGGCAAACUGCUGGAGCGAGUGUUCGUCCAUGGAGACGAGCUAGAAAACUACUACAAGGAGUUUGACGCCGACAUCCUCCCAGCUGAGUUUGAUGGGAAAGGUGCCAAGUAUGACGGCAAGGCCACAGCAGCCAAGCUGUUUGACUAAACAUCCUGCUCCACCAUCGCCCUCCUCAUUCUCAUCCUCAUUGUCGUUAUAUAUAUAUAUAUAUAUAUAUAUACAUACACUGAAAACCCCAUAGACUGUGGAGAUUCAAACCUAGUUGUGUGGCUGUAGAACAGAACAGUUUUGAAUGAGUGUGUGAGACAUUCAAGCGACAUAGUUUAACCUGAGGCCCAGACAAAGCACAAGCAAACAGGAACGGGGACGUCUUUGUUUACACUUGCACUGACUCUUGAACUCUUUUUAUGGUUCCUCAUUUCUAGUGUUUCCAGUUCUCUACACAAAACAGAAAAAGUGAACAUACAUUAUAUUACAAACUUUAGAUGCCAUAUUUACACACUGUAAUGCCAUUUUUUUUUUCAGAUCUCCGAGCUUCCAAAACAGCACAUGCUCGUAACUAUGUUGGUUUACAAAAAACCCACAAAUAUGGACUUUUGUAAAUGGAAGGAAAAUGGUGGUCAGACUUAAUCUAAAAGGGCAAGUUUCUCAGGUGAAAGCGCAGCAGCACGAUUGAUGGUCACAUGGUCCAUGAAUGAACAGCUGUUGUCAUAGGCUUUCAACAACAUCCUGAGCGGUUCUGUCUCUUGUCGUGUUUUGUGUGCUUUGUUUGGACUGUAGUAGCUCAUCCACACGUUUUGUUGUUGUAACACUGGCAGGCCCCAGAUUUCAACUCUUCCCCGUCUCUCCUUGGAAGUACACGGCUGAUAUUCCAACAAGUGCCUGUGUCUCUCAUAAAUUUUAGGCUCUUCUUCAAUUGGAGUAUUAUUAUGUUUUAACCCUUUGUGUUACCUGGUACACAAAUAAGAAUGUUGAUAAAUGUACAAUAAAUUGUAUAUAAAUAAAA